AAAGCCGCGGUGACGCGGCCGCUCUCAGACUUCUCGCAUCGUUUCGUUAAUCCACGCGAGGAAAGCGUAGAUCUCUUUCUCCCGAUUCUCCCGGAAUAUUCCUCCGGAAAGUACCAUUCCAAGAUGAUCUCGCGAAGAAGAGGAGCCCUCGGGAAUUAUCGAUAGCUUCAGUCGCUCGCAGAAAGGCAGGAGCCGCGUGUCCAAGCCGAGGACGAGGACGAGCCGGCGGGCCGCCGGCGAGGAUGUGAGAGAGCCAUCGGCGGGACGCGGCGUCGAGGUGCGAAGCAGGAAAUAAUACGGACGGCGCUUCUCGGCUUUCGGUGGCGUGCUCGAGGGUGGGGCGAGCGCCAGCAGGUCGUGGAUCGAAUUAGUCUGGACUCGCUCGGUUCCUCGCGAGCUCUUGUGGCGGCAGAACGCGGCGCUCGUGCACAGCUGGUUCGGACGGUAGCAGCCGGCCUUCGCGCUGAGACGAGCGACGAGAAGCGGUGAGGAGAGGAGAGGAGAGGAGAGCCGCGCGCGUGUGUGACGCGGUUAGCAAUCGGUGUCUGUAUAUCGCUGGUGUGCAUCGUUGGUGCGCGGACUGACGGCAGUGAUGUCGUUGCCGGACAUUAACCUCAUGGAUUUCCUGGACGAGGCGUUCCUCAAGGAGGACGUCAAGGACGAGAUGUUCGCCGACCACAUCUGCGACGACGUCACCGCGGCCGAAGAAUUCGCGACGUCCACGUCGGACGACUUGCUGGCCACGAUCAUGAAGCUGCAGGAGGAGAAUCCAGACUUCCUGAUCGAGAAGGACCUGGAAGACACAAGCCCGUUCUCCUUGUCGGACAGCGGGCUGUCCAGCACGCAGAGUCUCUCCUAUGAGCAGCAGCUGAGUCCGCUGUUCAUCAAGAACGAGGACGAGCAAAUCGAGAUCGUCAACUCCAACCUGAACAGCCCGCAGGACCUCAUGGACUUCGAGCCUGUGGCCAGCCCGAUCCAGUCCCUUGGCAGCGUCGACAGUCCCGUGCGGUCAGUCAUGAGUUCCAAUAUUGGCUCGCCGGCCACAGACGUCGCAGAGGAGAUGGACUAUGGACAGACGUUGGUCGCCGUGGUGACGCCGAACAACACCAUGCCGAGUGCCAACGCGAACACUGCGAUCGUCGCGGAAGAGCCGGCAGCGCCAACACCCAAGCAGCAGCAGCAGCAGCAGCAGCAGCAGACGCACGUCACGCCGCAGGAGAACACGCUAAACGUGCGCAACUUGACGUGCAACGGCAAGCGGAAUAUUCGGCAGUUGAUACGCGUCACUCCGAUGGGCUCCGGUAAUCCGCGCUCUAUCCUGCUGCCCGUCAGCCUGAAGGACAUGAAGGAGGUCCGAGCCAUCAAAAUUAUCAACGCCACACAGGCGAGAAAUCUGAAAGGCUUCAAGAUCAAUCAGGCGAACAUCAUCAACAAACCUGUGCAGAUGACCAUCAAGCAGGAAGAUUCCAGCAGCGAGAAGGGCUGCAACUCCAGCGAGGAGAUGUCGGAAACAGACUCGCCCUACCCGCGGCUGAAACUGAACGCCGAGGAGAAGCGACUGCUGCAGAAGGAGGGCAUCACCUUGCCGAGCCAUUAUCCGCUGACCAAGCACGAGGAACGCGAGCUGAAGAGGAUCAGGCGCAAGAUCCGCAACAAGAUAUCCGCCCAGGACUCCCGCAAGAGGAAAAAGGAGUAUGUGGACGGGCUAGAGGACCGCGUGAAGCAGUGCACGGAGGAGAACAUGACGUUGCUGAAGCGCAUCAAGACCCUUCAGACGCAAAAUCAGAGUCUGGCCGGGCAGCUGAAGAGACUGCAGGCGCUCAUACAGAAGGGCAACAAGAGCGCCCAGCCGGCGACCUGCCUCAUGGUGCUGCUGCUCUCUCUCGCUCUCGUCGUUGUGCCGAAUCUGCGGCCGCACUCCAACAACAACAACAGCGACCUCACGCAGGAGCAAGAGCAGCCGGAGAAGAUGCCGUUGGCUGGUCGCUCGAGGACUUUGCUGUACACGAAGCAGCAGCUAAUGGACGAGGAGCUUCAGCAGUGCGACGAGGAGCUGCUGCAGGAGGUCGAGGGGCUUCUGGAUCACGACUACGGCCCGGUGAUACAGAUGCCGCUCUGCAAGCGCGCUCGCCUCGAGAGCGAGACGGCGCCCAAGUACAUCUCCUCGGUGAACCACGUGGGGGGCACGCUUGGGUCCAAGCCGGACGUCCUGGCCUCGAAGGCGGCUAGGAAGUACAUUGAACCGCCGUUGGACGACGUAUGGCCACCGCCGAAUCCGGGAGGACCAAAGACCGCCGCCAGGGUGGUGGACAAGCUGGAGGCGCUCGCCAACGAGCUGAAAAUCAACAUCUCCGAUAUCGAGGGCACCAGGACGGUCCUCGUGAAGAUGCCGCAUGAGAAAUAACGCGGAGCGACUUCUGCCCGGCGAUCGUGAGCGCCGCGGUAGCUUAGGAAUUUUCUGGAGAGGAAGGGGGAAAAGCCCGAGUGCAGGAUUCGCACCUCAGCGCUUUGCUACAGAAAGCAUAAUAUACGCUGAAAUUCACCCGUGCUUGGCCGUUGCUGAGAGCGAGGGUCGCCUAAGACCGAGAGCGCAUAGGAGGAAAAGAAGAACUCGCAAGUAGCGAGACUUGAAUGGCGGGAAAAUCGACCGAUCGCUUGUUCCUGGGUCCUAAGGACAAUUGGUCUUGGUUGGUCGGUUCGCUGGUUUGAGUUUUACUGCUUGCUCACACUGUUGCUGUUUACUCGCAUUUUUCUAUGUGCUCUCGGCCCGACUGUUGUUGCUGCUUACCCGACAAUCAUGAGGAUAUACAUGAGGGUGGUUCAGAAUAACCUGUAUCUUUUUAAUGAUAUGCGGGUCAGUCUGUAUCUGGAGACGAAUGCGCAAGAAGUUUGAGUAAUUUUCGAGCUGAGGAAUGUCCAGGCAUGCGUGGAUUUCGGUGCACUUUGAAUAUUUGAGAUAACGCAUUUUCUGAUCAUUGUGGAACGGUGCUUGUCUGUAUUGUCUAUUAUUUCGUAGCGUAACGAUCUCCAUUCAAUGUUAAAUUAUGAAUCAGAGAUGACCACAGGAGAAGUUCGCCUGAGAAUGUCUUUCGCUCGCUAGGUGUGGUUAUAAUAUAAACACCUGCAUACAACACCACACCGUACACACACAUA